AUGCUCACAGUGCAUUAUCGCGCAGAUGAUAUCGAUUUCGGUGAUUCCAGACCAGGCGUCAAGAACAUUUUGGGAGGCGCGGCUUCAUUUGCUGUAGUCGGUGCCCGUCUGGUCGCGGGAUCUGCGCACGCACAGUCUGUUAGCUGGAUUGUCGAUGUUGGCUCUGACUUUCCACCCGAAACACUGGCGGCGAUCCAGUCCUGGGGCACCGACUGUGUCAUCAGAGAGGAUCAUAGUAGACUUACAACGAGGGCAUGGAAUGGAUAUCAUCCAAAUGAGAAGCGAGGUGGGCUGAAACCCCCAUUUUCAGAGCAGCAGAAAACAAGAUUAACCAGGGCCAUAGACUUCAAAUAUCUAACGCCGAAGUUGAGGCUGGAACCCGACAUGCUAUCAGACACACAGGUCUGGUCACGAACAUUCCAUAUGGUCUGCUCCCCGUCUCGCUGCAUAUCCAUCGUGAACGACAUCCUGCAGCGACGGGAGGACCUGCAUAAGGCAGGGCAAGCACCUUCCACUGACCAUUCUUCGACUCGGCCCAUCUUCGUCUGGGAGCCAGUGCCAGACCUUUGCACGCCAGAAGAACAAGAGAAGUUCUUUGCAGCUAAUAGGGUUGUUGAUAUGGUGAGCCCCAACCAUCUGGAGCUGGGUAUGAUGUUUGACCAAGCUGGAUGGGCCGAGGAGAGCAAGGAAGGCCAGCAGCUAGUUCGAAGAAUUCUUGACUCCGGAAUUGGCCCUAACGGUAAUGGGUGUCUUGUCAUUAGAGCUGGCAAGGAAGGAAGCUACGCUUUCUCAAGGGCCCAGAAGUUGUGGCUGCCCGCCUACCACCAGCCAGGUACUUCGGGUGCUACGGCUGUUCUCGACCCAACAGGUGCGGGCAAUUCAUUUCUUGGGGCACUAGCCCAGGGGAUGGUGACCGCGGGUCGUGAGCCGUUCAACGUCAUCGAAUCUACCCUAUCGCCCUCUCAGAGCUGGCAAAGGUUCCUGGACGGCUCAGGGGAUCGCCGCACUCUUCCCAUGGCCCUCAUCUGUGCUACAGUCGCUGCCGGGUUCGUGGUAGAGCAGAUCGGUGUUCCACAGGUCUCUAUGGCGGGAAAUGGAAAGGAAAUGUGGAAUCAAUCUGAAUUCACGGAACGGGUCCGCCUGUACACGCAGCGAUUAUUGAGAGCAUUGGAAGAGUCUCCACAGAGACACCUGUUGACCAAUUGA